AUGCAGAGAAGAGCAAAGGUGAAGACGGGAUGCGCCACCUACAGAGUAAGAAAGGCCAAAUGCGACGAGGCCAAGCCAUCUUGCCGAAAAUGCAUCGAUACCGGCAGGAUUUGCGACGGCUACGAGUCCCCCUUUCGAUUUUUCACCAGUCAGCCAAUCAGCAGCGGUCGACCACCUCUCGAGGGCGGUAUCAAUCCCAAGUCUGGCGCUGUGAUCACCCCGCAGGACAUUGACCUCCUCAGCUGGUACUUCUCGACCAAGACCAUGUUUGACGGAGUAAAACUCGGCUGUACCGAAGAAGCGAGCCAAGUUCUGUGCGCCAGCAUGACUGAUCCGGCGAUACGACACGCCAUCUUGUCCCUCCGAGCUCUCCCCCAGUAUCUCGAGACAUCACAACACGGGUCUAAUUCGCACGAUGAGUACAGUCUCCAGCAAUACUGCAUGGCUCUGGGGCGUCUUUCUUCGAACCUGUUUCCCUGGUCCUCCAGCGACGGCCUAAAGCCGGGCAAUUUCCUCGCCAUGACCCAGCACAUGGUCCACGAACUCCGCAUCAUGCGUGAGCAGCGCCGUCUGGCAGAGCGUCAGCGCUCUUUUGGCCUCGCCCCCACGGACCCGCCUUGCUUGCUAGAUGUCUUCGUCAUCAAGCUGUUCGCUACGCCAUGCAAGUUUGCCGACCACACUCCCCGUCCAGCCAAGGCAGCAAGCUCAGCAGCCGAAUUAGGCGUAAGGGAAAGUGCAAAUGCUGCCGUCGAGUCCCGCAGCCGGCAGCUCUGCACGAUCGCUCCAGACAUGCGGACCGAGCUGACGAGGAUUGCUGCCUCGACGAUCGAGCUGCUCGACAAGUUGGCGUCGCAUAGAGCCGGUUGGGUAGACGACAUGAGUAGCCUGCAAAAGGAGAAAGAGGUUCUAUUGCAUCCAUUGAGCUCGUGGCUCGCUGAUUUGGAACUCGGAGCAAUGCAUCCUGAGCCGCUUUCCGUGUCGUUCUUGUACCUCUUUCACCAGGCACUGAAGAUUAUCCUCUUGGGCGGACUCGAAGGGUUAUCGUCGGAUUCUGAAGCCGAGAUGGGAAGAGAAUACGAGCAGUUGGUGGGCAUUGCGCGGGGGAUGUUGGUGAGGGGGUGA